AUGGCUCCACAAGACACCAGCCUCUACAGUUUGUCCUCCGAACAAGCUGAAUUCUUCAAGGCGCAAACCGGUAUUGACGACGACGAAGACUUGAAGAGACAUAUCUUGGAGGUGCAGGCGAAAGCAUACAAGGUUGCACCAUAUCCUUGUAUUCGUUCAUUUGUUUUCCUUCGGUUGAACAUAUCAAAUCUUUCUGUGUAUGAACACAUCCUUGAGCUUGGUCGCAAGCGCCCCAAUGCCGUGUUACUUGACAUUGGUUGUUGCUUUGGUACUGACGCCAGAAAGGCUGCGGCGGACGGGUUUCCUGCCAAAAACAUCAUUGCGUCGGAUCUCUUCAAUGAUUUUCUCGAACUAAGCCACGAACUUUUCAAAACGACACCAGUUUCUUACCCCGGAUGCUUCAUCCCUGGAGAUGUCUUUGAUCCAGCAUUUCUCUCCAUAGCUGCGCCGUCGGACGAUGUCUCUCCGGUGCCAGCUAUUGAUCUAUCCUCCUUGAAAUCCCUCAACGCUCUUCAUGGUCGUAUUAGCGUAAUAAACGCUAUUUCAUUCUUCCACCUCUUCAGCGAGGAGAAACAAUUGCACAUUGCCAGGGCUCUCGCAGGUCUGUUAUCUGCCCAGCCAGGUUCCGUCAUUUGCGGUUUUCACGUCGGAACUCUCGAAAAAGGCGUGGUCAAUAACAGUCUCUCAGGCUCCGAGUACAAAUUGUUCGCCCAUUCUCCGGAAAGUUGGACAUCUUUGUGGAACGGUGAGGUCUUCGAAAAGGGCAGUGUAAAGGUGGAAACAGAGUUGGUGGAAUUUGCGACUGGCGAGGUGAAAUACUUCAUGAUGAAAUGGUCAGUGAUGAGAUUGUAG